GGGGCUAAGAUGUUGCAAUCAUUCUCUGUACAGCAUCAUCAAGUUGGUUCGCUGUAACAGAGAAAGGAUAUUAGAAGUCGUCCCACAAUUGAGAUCACACAGUCGGACGGUCAGGCGGAGGGGGCUCGUCUGAUUUGUAUUCUUAACCCCAAAGGGACUGUACUUGUUAUCCAAAGGAUUUCAUAACAGGUGACCUAAGGGAGCGCAUUUGUUUUUCGUUCAACUUUUUGUCAGACUCUCCAUUCUGAUCCUGGCGCGUCCACGACUUUGGAGCCAUUUACCUUCGCACCCACAAGUUUGCGUUUUCUUGCCUCACCAUUACCUUGUCAGCACUGCAGUGUACAGGUCACCAUCUACGUUUCGAAUUUCACUCCGAGAGUAACAAUCUUUGUAUUAUUUCGAGAGACCCCUCUUCAGUAAUCACCACGACUUCAAGCAACAGAGCAGAGAACCCCACUAACUUGUUUUGGACACGCAAGCAGUCAUUCAGCGGGAAUAUUGUGCUAGCCAGCCGGGGAACAAAGACGUCUGAAAGAACAGAAGUGAAUACCGCUAACUUAUUGCCGCCAACCUGACUGGUUUAGUAAUCGACAAGGACUAAUUUCUGUUUUGGAUUAGAAAAUAGACACGGCGUCGGAGUUUGUCUACAAACGCUCACUCUGAAGUUAUCAUCAAACAAUACACAGCCAGUGGUGAUCCCACAAGUUACUGUACGUUAAAUGGCCAAGUAGUAUGAAGAUAGAUUGGGGAGUCUCUUUAAACUUACGACCCAAGCUAUCACUUCGUUAAGACAAAUCCGUUAUAUUUUUGGAGCGGCCCUGGCAACCUUACUUAAAAACUUUUUGUUGGAUAUUUUUCCCAAUAUUUCGGCGUACCUGGCAGAGAAUGAGCUUUUGACAAGUUGGCCCGAAUUGAGCUGACUUGCCAUUGUUCUCUGUUUUGGAGAGGAACGGAUCCCUUUGUCUUCCUACUCAAGCGAGAUGAGCGUAAACCUCACAACUCCCACUCUCCCUUUGCGCCUGAAACGAGUGGACUUUGAAGAACCUCACGACCCUGACGCCUUCAAAUGCAAGCGCCCCAGACUGAGCCAGCCCCCCUCCCCUGGCCUUGCCCCCUGCCUCCGGCCCCUGUCUCAGAGCCAUGGCCCCCCAGGCCCCGAAAAGCACUGCGUCUCCCACAUCGGUCCCUACGUCCUGCUGGAGUUAACAGAAGGCACUCAGACCUACAGAGCUGUGCAUCGCGUCACAGAGCAGGAGUACACCUGCAAGGUGUUCUGUAUGAGGAAAUAUCAGGAGCUUAUUGCACCAUACAUGCGACUGUGUCCCCACGACAACAUCUGCCGCAUCUCAGAGAUCAUCACCGGCGAGCACAACGUCUACGUCUUCUUUGAGCGUAACUAUGGCGACAUGCACUCGUACGUGCGCACGUGCAAGCGGCUGCCGGAGGACGAGGCAGUGCGUCUGUUCUCCCAGAUGGCCACGGCGGUCUCACACUGUCACGAACACGGCGUAGUGCUCAGAGACCUCAAACUGCGCAAGUUUGUCUUCACUGACCCCCAAAGAACCAAGCUGGUCCUGCAGAACCUGGAGGACUCGUGCCUGCUGCAGGGCGAGGACGACUCCCUGACGGACAAACACGGCUGCCCGGCCUACGUGGGGCCGGAGAUCCUCAACUCGCGCCACUCGUACUCAGGGAAGGCGGCCGACGUGUGGAGCCUGGGCGUGGUCCUCUACACCAUGCUGGUGGGCCGCUACCCCUUCCAGGACGUGGAGCCGGCCGCGCUCUUCAGCAAGAUCCGCCGCGGCGCCUUCACCAUCCCAGAGGCGCUCUCGGCACGCGCCCGCUCACUCGUCUGCUGCAUGCUCCGCAAGGCGCCCGCCGAGAGGCUGGAGGCCUCCGACAUCCUCGUGCACCCGUGGCUGCUGUGCGGGGGCGGUGGCGCAGCUCCCUCGGUGCCUCCUCACCUCAGCUCCAGGAACUGCGUUGACCAGGUGGUCCCCGACUCGGGGUGCGGCGAGGACAGCGGAGACUACCUUUGAAGAAAGAACUUGAAAUGACUUAAAAAAAACCCACAAAAGACAGUCCUGUCCCUGCUGCUCUCCCCUAGCCUCAGAGGAGAAUGACUUUGUAGUGUUCUCUCCCCUCGGCACCGGUCUCCUCUGGUGCUUCCCCUCCCGAGAGGGAACAAGGGAGGUGGGGGAUUGCAUCAGAGGCUAUGUGAAGGUCAGGGCUAGAGAGAGGAGGAGGAGGAGGAGGAGGAGGAGGUGGAUUCCUCAGCUCAGCCACUGCUGCACAUCGCUCCGUGUCAGGCCGUGAGUGAUGUGUGAGCUGGCCUGUCAGGUACUAAAGCUUUUUUUUUGGGGGGGGGGGGGGGGGUGAUUGCAGGCAGCAUCUGCAGCAGAGAAAAGAAAAGUGUUCCUGACUCGAGGCUGCCUGACCCAUGCGUCCCCCACCCACCCCCCACACCACUAAAAAAAGUAGUUCAAUAUUUCACUUUUUAUGACGUCUGUGUGCUAGUCAGAAUAGGGUAGCCAAAAAAGGCUUCGGAACAAAACGAAAACAAAAAAGUCACUUGGCUGGUGUUCUGGUGCAUGAGCAGCCACAGAAGCAGGUUUUCCAGACUUCAGUCGUAAUCCACAGAUGUUUUGUGAAAAUGCAUUACGUUCGGCAGUAUUCUCACAGAGUUCUGAGAAGCUUUGAUUUCAUUGGUUGUUAAACACACUGAAUUGUUAGUUAGUCUCAGUUUGACUCAGCUGUUAAAAAGAACUUGCAAAAUCUGAGACAGCUGUCAGAUACCUCCUUAAACUUGAAUCCUGGAAUACUUGAUGCACAAUUUGUGCCUUUUUUUUGUUAUUAUUGUUUGCGUUGUUUUACAGUUUACAUAAUUUGCAGUGGAUACAAGUAUCCGUAUCUGACCAGUCAAAGUGCCUUUUUCAGUUGGAUAGUUGACAUUUAUUUUUCCUCCUAUUCACCUGUCUUGAUGAAUGGAGUGAAAUACUUAACCAAAGACUGAUCACUUUCCUCAGUCCCAACUCAGACUGACUUCAGUGUAGCUCUUUUGAAGAUCUGUCUUUGUUUUUCCUUGUGAAGGGUUUAAUUAUAGUUCUGUAUUCUUUUGAAAGUUAAUAUAAUUCUGUAUUCUGUACAAAACAAAACCUUUUUUUUUUAUCUGAAGACUUUGUGAUAUUGUAGCCAUUUUGGUGCGCAUGAUGACUUGCUCUCAGAUUUGCUGUUCAAUUCAGCAAUGACUUGGGACUUACACUGUCUAUUAUGUAUGCAUAGUGGAAAAAGGGUUUCAUCCCUCAAGGAUACAGUGCUCUAGUUUUCCCCAUUACAGCAACUUUCCAUUGGUUGGUAAAAUGGUGUAACUAGAAUCUGUUCAGCAGAACAAAGGCAUUACAGUACAUUUGUUGUCUGUGGUGAUGCCAGCAUGCAACUCUUGAGCCCUUAAGAUGUCCAUUGAAACCAUAAACCUUUUUUUUGAAACUGUAAAUACUUUUGUUUUGUUUUCUAAAAUCACAAAAACACUACAUACUUUUGUUCCCCAUGUUUCUUCAAGUGGAUGUAUUUUUAGGAAGAAAGGUAUUUCAUUAGUGCCAGUAAAAUAAAAAAAAUAAAAAAUCAAAUGCAGUA